AUCCCCUCCCCACUCUUCGUCUUCCUUCCCUCCCCCUCCCCCUCUACUCUCUCACCUGCAAUUUCUAGGGUUCUAACCUAAUUCUUCUUCUAAAAAAUCAUUCAUUCAAAUCCCGUUUUCUCAAAAUUUAACCCUUUUCAACCUCCGAAUUACGUUCCACUCAUUCAGAAAACAGAUUUUAAUUAUUGGGUUUUGAAGAGCCUUCAUGAUCGAAAAUGGGGUUUUUGCACUUUCUGUAAAUGCAUAGUUUCGAAAAUGAGAUUUCAGGAGUUAGCUUCUUCACAAUGGACUGCUUAACUAGCACCGGUGAUAAGAAAACAUUGAAAAGGUGGUUUUUUAUCGACAAACGGGUUGGAUAAAGAUCGGUUAACCGUUGUCCCUCGAAAACUCUAACUUUCGUACUCUAGCUCUUAAAAUUAAUCUUUUGAUCAAAUGGAUUUGAGCUCGAUGAAUGCGUCUCCUGUUCUUGCUGAUUCUAGUCCUAUAAAUCAGACUAUUUUAGGUUUUCAUUCCGGUGUGUUUUCUCGAUCAAUCUCGAAAUAGAAACCGGCUAAACUCGAUGAUGUACGAUUCAACGGUUGGCUUGAUGCCAUGCAAUCUUCUUCACCUCCUCGUAAAAGCAUGCUUAAAGAUAUCGCAAUUGAGCUUGCUUCUGAUGACAGUGAUCUCGUUUAUUAUUCUUGGAUGCUCAAGUAUCCAUCGGCCCUCAAGUCCUUUCACCAUAUUAUAACUCGUGCACAUAAGAAAAAGAUCGUGAUCUUCUUAGAUUAUGACGGGACCCUCUCACCAAUCGUAGAUGAUCCCGAACGCGCUUUUAUGUCAAUUGACAUGCAUUCUGCCGUAAAAGAUGUUGCUAAGUACUUCCCCACAGCUAUCAUUAGCGGAAGAAGCCGCGAUAAGGUUUUUGAGUUAGUAGGACUAACCGAACUAUUUUAUGCUGGUAGUCAUGGUAUGGACAUCAUAUUUCCUGCCAAAGAUACAAUUUCGGUCAACCGUUUAAACUAUAUUCGAUCUACUGACAAACAGGGUAAGGAAGUAAAUUUGUUCCAACCUGCUAGAGAGUUCAUACCAAUGAUCAAUGAGGUUUUCAGGACCCUUGUUGAGGUAACGAAGGAUAUCCCAGGGGCAUUUGUGGAAAAUCAUAAAUUUUGUACUUCUGUACAUUAUCGUAACGUUGAUGAGAAGAGCUGGCGUAUGAUUGCACAACGUGUUCAUGAUGUCUUGAAAGAUUAUCCUCGUUUGACAUUAACUCACGGACGGAAGGUUUUAGAGGUCCGUCCUUUGAUUGAUUGGGACAAAGGGAAAGCGGUUGAAUUUUUACUCGAAUCGCUUGGGCUAAGCAAUGCUAAUGAUGUGCUUCCAAUUUAUAUCGGGGAUGAUAGAACAGACGAAGAUGCAUUCAAGGUGUUAAGAGAAGGAAACCGCGGUUAUGGGAUUCUGGUAUCUUCGGUACCCAAAGAAAGCAAAGCUUUCUUGUCUCUUCGGGACACUUCAGAGGUCAAAGAGUUCCUUAAAUCGUUAGUUCGAUGGAAGGAACAAAUGUCUAAUGUUGACGGUUAAUCAGAAGCAGCAGAUACCAAUGUUCUGGUUUUGUCGUUUUAACGUUCAUGAAUAAGCCGGGUUGAAGCUUGCGGGAAGCACAGGCUGAGCAGGAUACCAUUUUGUUUGUGUUAUUCGAUAGUUAAGUUAAUUUUUUAUUGAUUGUCUCUUUAUUUUUUGUUUCUAUUGUCCAUUUAAAUAAAAUUGUCCAAUUUGUUUGAA